AUGAACAUCCGUGAUGCACCAAGUUCAGCACCAAAACAAGCUCUGAGCCGUGCACACACAGCGAAGUGACCAUUGUGGAGUACAGUACCAUGCAAGGAGAGGACGCCUGCUGACAGAAAGAAGCACGGCUGUGGAUAUUAGUCUUCCUUCACCUUUGGAUAACUUGGAGAUUAGAAACGCUUUCUUUGGACGCUUUUGACGCACAGCACCAGGGAGCUACGGCAGAACUCCCUGCGAGUGAAGAAGGAUUUAUAUGUGCUGUAGAGUUGUUUUCAUUUUUUUCAUUUGUUUACCUCUGCGUAAAUACUUUGGAAUAGGGAGAUUUUGCUGCUCUAUUGGCUGGUGACGCGGCUGCCCUGCAGAAGCGAGAAGGAUGGCAGCCUGGUUCACCUUUACCAUCGCAUUCAGCACCACGUUGAUAACACAGGUAUUUGGAGCCGGGAUUUUUGAGAUUGAUCUUGACGAAUUUACAAAUCACAAAGGUUUGCUGGCAAACGGGAACGCAUGCAAACCCAACUGCAGGACUUAUUUUAGAAUUUGCUUGAAGAACUAUCAGGCUGUGGUCUCACCAGGUGACUGCAUCUUUGGAAAUACAAUGACACCAGUGCUGGGGACAAACUCUUUCAGCGCCAAGGACAGUGGCACUUUACCUAGACCAGUUCAAAUACCGUUCAACUUUGGAUGGCCGGGGUCAUUUUCAUUAAUAAUUGAAGCCUGGCAUUCACCUUAUGGAAAUCAACCUGCAGAUACCAGUAACCCAGACUUCUUGAUUAGCUUUUUCACCAUCCAAAGACAACUGGGUGUAGGAACUAAUUGGUAUCCGGAUAAGCAGAUUGGAAAGCAGACAGAGCUAAGGUAUUCGUACCGGUUCAUCUGCAAUGAAAGCUACUACGGAGAAAGUUGUUCCAAAAAAUGCACACCCAGGGACGACCGAUUUGGCCACUACACCUGCACCCGAGAGGGAGAGUUAGCCUGUCUGCCUGGCUGGAAGGGGAAAUACUGCGAAGAACCUAUCUGUCUGGAGGGCUGCAGCGAGAGAAACGGAAACUGUUCCAAACCUGGCGAGUGUGUUUGCAGAGAGGGAUGGCAAGGCACUUUCUGUGAUGAAUGUUCGAAGUACCCGGCCUGUAAACAUGGUACCUGCCAGCUGCCGUGGCAGUGUAACUGUCAGGAGGGCUGGGGAGGCCUAUUAUGUGACCAAGACCUGAACUUCUGCACCCAUCACCAUCCUUGUGUGAAUGGCGCCACCUGCAUGAACACAGGCCAGGGAAGCUACACAUGCACAUGCCUGCCAGGAUUCACGGGAGUCAACUGUGAGCUGGAGAUGCAGGAGUGUGACAGCAGCCCCUGCAGGAAUGGGGGGAUAUGCACAAAUUUGGAAAAAGGCUACAAGUGCGAAUGUCCCCAAGGUUUCGAGGGGUCCCACUGUGAGCACAGCCUGCUGACAUGCGCCGACUCCCCCUGUUUCCACAGCGGCGAAUGCCGGGAGAAGGACAACGGCCGUAGCUACAUAUGCGAGUGUCCUCACAGCUACACCGGACUCAACUGUGAGAAGAGGGUGGACAAGUGCACAUCGCUUCCCUGCGCAAAUGGUGGCCUGUGUCUGAUCACCCCUGGUGGCUUGCGAAUGUGUAGCUGUCGUGCAGGAUUUACCGGUCAGCGUUGUGAAAUCAACAUCAAUGAAUGUGCCGGUAACCCCUGCCUCAAUGGAGGCACCUGCCAAGACCGAAUCAAUGACUACACCUGCAUCUGUCCUGCGGGUUACGGUGGACGCAACUGCGACAGAGUCCUGGACGAGUGCUCCCUUCGCCCCUGCCUUAACAGGGGUCUUUGCACAGGGGGUGGGGGGCCAGGCAAACCCCCAUCUACCUGCAUCUGCUUGUCUGGCUUCACCGGGCCUCGCUGCGAGUUCUUCAUCAAUGUCACCUCUCCUGUAAUCGAUGGAGAUAUUCAAGACAACUUCCAGUGGGCGGCGGUUUCUCUGGCUGUGGGGCUGGUGGCUCUGCUGGUGCUGUUAUGUAUGGUGGGCCUGGCUUUGAGGCACAUCUACAGGCAGGCCCAAAGGGAGAGUGGAGACGCAGAGACUAUGAACAACUUCUCAAAUGCUCAGAGGGAUAACCUAAUACCAGCGUCACAGCUGAAAAACACCAAUCACAAAAUCAGCCUGGAGGUGGACUGUGAUACAGAGAAAUCAAACUUUAUCCAUAAAAACUAUCACUUGGACUCUUACAACUCUAAAUCAAAGGAGUUAAAGGAUGAAAAGUCACAAGAGGAAAAAGGUCUUAUUUAUGACAAGUGUUUAGAAGAUAAAAUGCCCUUGAGUAGAAUGUACAGGGAAAAGCCAGAGUGUAGGAUAUCAACGAUAUGUUCCUCAAGAGAUUCCAUGUACCAGUCAGUAUGUGUUAUAGCAGAGGAAAGGAGGGAAUGUGUCAUAGCAACUGAGGUAUAAACUGUGAGGGGUCUGAAAGUGGGGGGAAUGAGGAAAAAGACACAACUGAGGCAGAAUAUAAUAUUCUGGAUUGUUUACAAAUACUGAGAAGAGACUGGAGAUUGUUUAAGAUGUCCACUGCUGCUCUGGAACACUUGAGAACUGGAGAGGGCAUAAACCUCUGCUCUGCAAAAAAAAAAAAAAAAAAA